ACUGUCAGAACUAGACAGUCUCCGACACAACAUACAAGCCAAGAGACCACAUUGCCUGCACAUCCCCAUGCCUGCUUGUCUGCCUGACUGCCUGCGAGACAGCGGCGCUGUCAAUCAGCGUGACUUCACUCUCAGUACGCCCUGUGUUUUCAGUAAUAGUAUUCUCCCAUCCUCUUCGCUGCUCGGAUUUGCUGUGUGAGUGAGUGUACUGUCUGUGCUGUAAGCGGAGGAAUAGACUAGGGAGCAGCCCUCCCGGUGCACUUAAGUUGCAGCUUGCUUUGUUGGUGUGGCGGCUCGUUGGACGCGUUGGAACUUUAGCACUGGAUCCCAAACUCUUCUCACAUCGGUGUGCAGUCCGGAGCUGCGAUGGAUCUCGGACACGGGCUUGCCUUCUUAAUGUUUUUACCAUUCUUUCUGCACACGGACGGCCUUUAUAUUGCAAAUAAUAUAGAGUCACUACAGGACACACUUGGGGAAUUUGGGCUGGUGACUCCAAUCAGCACGGAUUCGGAAGGAAGGUUCCUGUCGCACGCGGUGUCUGCAGCACACGGACGGAGACGCUUGCGCAGGGACACCGAGGGCUCCUCCCACGAGCUGCGCAGUGACAGGCUGUUUUUUAACGUCACUGUGUUUGGGAAGGAGUUUCACUUGAGACUGAGGCUGAACUCCAGGCUUGUGGCACCUGGAGCCAAGAUAGAAUGGCAGGAGGAUACGAAUGCCACUCGCACGGAACUGUUACGUGGGGAUUGCUUCUAUGUUGGAGAUAUCACAGAUGUGCAAGGAGCUUCGGUUGCUAUUAGCAACUGCGAUGGCCUGGCUGGGAUGAUCCGCACAGAGAAGGAGGAGUUCUUCAUCGAGCCUGUGGAGUCGGGUGGCGAGCUGGGAGAGGAGGAGCAGGGGGGUCGGCCACACAUCGUCUACCGCAAGUCCUCCAUCAAAACCAGUCCCAGCAACCAAACCAGCGACUUCCAUGGCAAAGGAAAUUACCUGGGUGGUCUUCUUGAUCUGGAGACCAUGUACCGCGGAGUGGAGCAGCACCUGAACCAGACCCAGCGCUCCCGCCGGCACAUCGCUGACGACAAUUACAACAUUGAGGUGCUGCUGGGGGUCGACGACUCUGUCGUGCAGUUCCACGGGAAGGAGGACGUGCAGAAUUACCUGCUGACACUGAUGAAUAUUGUAAAUGAGAUUUACCAUGAUGAAUCCUUGGGUGCCCAUGUGAAUGUUGUUCUGGUGCGCAUCAUCAUGCUGGGAUAUGGGAAGUCGAUGAGUUUAAUUGAAGUUGGGAACCCUUCCCAGAGCCUGGAGAAUGUGUGCCGCUGGGCCUACUUACAGCAGAAGCCGGAUGCCGGGCACCCAGAGUACCACGAUCACGCCAUAUUCCUCACCAGGCAGGAGUUCGGGCCCUCCGGCAUGCAAGGCUACGCCCCCGUGACUGGCAUGUGCCACCCUGUCCGGAGCUGCACUCUGAACCACGAGGAUGGCUUCUCUUCUGCAUUCGUCGUGGCUCACGAAACUGGCCAUGUGCUGGGCAUGGAGCACGACGGGCAGGGGAACCGCUGCGGGGACGAGGUGCGCAUGGGCAGCAUCAUGGCCCCCCUGGUCCAGGCAGCUUUCCAUCGCUUCCACUGGUCUCGCUGCAGCCAACAGGAACUCAUCCGAUACCUGCAUGCCUAUGAUUGUCUCCGUGACGACCCCUUUCACCAUGACUGGCCAUCCCUCCCCCAGCUGCCGGGCAUCCAUUACUCCAUGAACGAACAGUGCCGCUUCGACUUCGGCAUCGGAUACAUGAUGUGCACAGCAUUCCGCACAUUUGAUCCUUGUAAGCAGCUCUGGUGUAGUCAUCCAGACAAUCCGUACUUCUGUAAAACCAAGAAGGGCCCUCCUCUAGAUGGGACAGUGUGUGCCUCAGGGAAGCACUGUUUUAAAGGGCACUGCAUCUGGCUGACCCCCGACAUCCUGAAGCAGGAUGGGAACUGGGGACCCUGGAGCAAGUUUGGCUCCUGUUCCAGAACUUGUGGGAGCGGGGUGCGCUUCAGAACUCGCCAGUGUGAUAACCCUCUCCCUGCCAAUGGUGGCCGCACCUGCUAUGGCCCGAGUUACGAGUUCCAGCUGUGUAACACGCAGGAAUGCCUCAAACUGUUUGAAGACUUCCGAGAGGACCAGUGCAAGCAAUGGGAUCCUUUCUUUGAGUACCAGAACUCCAAGCACCACUGGCUGCCUUACGAGCACUCUGACCCCAAGGAGAGAUGUCAGCUGUACUGCCAGUCGAAGGAGACGCGCGACAUUGUGUACAUGAAGAGGAUGACACACGACGGGACGCGCUGCUCCUAUAAAGACCCCUACAGCAUCUGUGUUCGAGGUGAAUGUGUGAAAGUGGGCUGUGACAAGGUGAUCGGCUCUCCGAAGCAGGAGGAUAAGUGUGGCGUCUGUGGAGGUGAUAACUCCCACUGCAAAGUCGUGAAGGGAACCUUCUCCAGGGUGCCCAAGAAACACGGUUUUCUUAAGAUGUUUGAAGUUCCACCUGGAGCAAGACAUCUGUUCAUUCAGGAAACAGACACCACUCAGCAUAUUAUAGCUGUUAAGAACCAGGCUACAGGGAAGUUUGUCCUGAACGGAGAGGGUGAAUUUCCUGAAUCCAGAGCAUUCAUUGAUUCUGGAGUGGAGUGGGAGUAUCACAAUGACGAUGACAAAGAGACCAUACAGACCACCGGCCCGCUGAACUACGGGAUUAUGGUUAUGAUUGUCCCAAAUGGGGACUCCAGAAUCUCUCUUUUGUACAAAUACAUGAUCAACGAAGACUCUCUGUCCACUCUUGACAAUAACAAUGUUCUAGAAGAUGUGGCUUCGUAUGAGUGGGCUUUGAAGAAAUGGUCCCAUUGCUCCAAGCCCUGUGGAGGAGGUUAUCAGUUUACAAGGUAUGGGUGUCGCAGGAAGACCGAUGGCAAAAUGGUUCAUCGUAGCUACUGUGAAACUAUCAAGAAGCCCAAGGCUAUUCGCAGGAUGUGCAACUUACAGGAGUGCUCUCAACCCAUCUGGGUCACUGGUGAGUGGGAGACUUGCAGCAAGACUUGUGGGAAGACGGGACAGCAGGUGCGAUCUGUCCGCUGCUUCCAGCCUCUCCACGAUGGCACCAACCGAUCCAUCCACAGUAAAUACUGCAACGACGAUCGCCCUGAGUCCAGACAGCCCUGCAACCGCGAGCUGUGCCCGGCACAGUGGAGGACAGGACCAUGGUCACAGUGCUCGGUGACCUGUGGCAAUGGCACUCAGGAGAGACAGGUGCUGUGUCGUACCAGGGACAACAUCAUUGGACUGUGUGCGGAAGCCAAGCCAGAGAGUGGCAGAGUCUGCAGGCUGCCUCCCUGCCCCAAAAACAUUUCAGACCAAAGUAAAAAUGGAAACUUCCUGAUCCAGUGGCUCUCCAGACCAGAUUCUGAAUUCCCCAUCCAGAAGAUUUCUUCAAGGCACCGUUGCCAAGGUGACAAGUCUGUGUUCUGCCGCAUGGAAGCCCUGGCGCGGUACUGCUCAAUUCCAGGCUACCAGCAGCUGUGUUGCAAGUCCUGCAACGAGAUCAACAACACCUCGCAUUCCUUCUCAAACAAAAGCAACGACAUAGAAGAGCACCAACCCACUACUGUGACCUCCCCAGACACGAUCACAAUGUGGCCUACCACUGAGCCAACCAGUGCUAUGUAUACAACCACUACACCUAGCAGCCAAAAUGGAACUGAGGACAGUAGGGAAACCAAUGCCAUCGAUGUGCCCAAUAAAAUUCACAGGGUGGACAAUGAGGUCCCACAGCACAAUGUUAUACCCAGAAAAAGGCUGUUUGUGGAAAAAACUAAGAACCAAAGAAUCCAGCAACUUAUAGCUGAAAAACAAAAGGAAGGAGUGUUAAAGAUUUAAAUCUAAAGACAAACCAGGCGUUGAAGGACAGUUUCCAUUUCUCUCAUAGAGAUAUAACCAUAAUCCCAAACAUUGUAAUUAAUACCUAAGAAAUCUGUAUUGGUGCUAUGUCAGAUACUGAAACAAAAGAAUCAUACAGAUGUUUCUAUCACUUCAAUUUGAAGAAAUGCUAAAAAAAAAACUAAACUAAACUGACAAUAUUUGCACAAUUUGUUUAAAUGACUAAGUCACUUUAAAUGAUAGCUAUUGGCCAAGAUUUUAUAAAAAGUUAUUUUGCAUUUUAAUACACAAUGUAUUGUUUUAUUUUAUACUUGCGGUACACUACAUGUGGAAUCUUCUUCAUCUAAACUGCAUCUUAUUGAGCCAAACCAACAAACUGAGAUUCUUGCAAUGGAAUGCAAACGUUUAAUUUUAGUCUCUGGAAUUUGUUGUGCUUGGAUUUUUUUUGCAUUUGAAUAUUCUUAAACAAUUCAAAUGAAUAUUAGAACAUGUUUUCAGCUUUAAUGAACAGAACCCAAUAAUGUACAGUGCAACACUGUAUUAUAAUAGUGAAACACCUCCAGACUCAAAUGAAGUGGGUAACCCACUAAAUGACCAAAGAAAACAGAAACUUAUUGGGCACAUGAAUGUGGUUAUUUUUUGCAAUAAUAUAAAAAUACAGUAUUUGUUUCAGCAGCAUUCCUGAUUUACAGGACAAAUUAAAUUAUCCAAGCGCCUGUUUUACGUUUCUAGUGUGUACAAUGUCUUGUGCAUAACCCUCCAACAGCUGAAAAGUUACAGCUUAUAGAUUGAGGAUGUGUCUUCAAAUCAGGUUCUUAUAAAAAGUAAAAAAAUAAUUAGACAAAUUGCCACAAAACAGAGAGCCAUUUGGCCCAAUGUCCUCCACAAUGUAUAUCUGUUUUUUUUUUUUUUUUUUUUUUUUUUUUUUGUUUCUUUUUAAUCUGGUACUACACUUGUUUACAGAAAUCCAUUUGCAAGUCAUGCAUUCAUUUAGUGCUGUUCUUGCUUGUCCAAUUCACCUGGAGGGAUAUCCUGUUUAAAAAAAAAAAACUUGUAUGCUAUAACAUGUGUUUCUUUCAAAAUUGCACAUUUCAGACCUAUUUAGCUAAUGGAGGUAUAAAACAGGUAAGAUUUAUGAAAUUAUUUUGCUAUGGAAUUACUUUAAAAUCCACCUAAGCAUUAUUUGUCAUACCGUCUUUCAGAUCUGCUGUCCUGUGGGGCCGAGCUGGUGCCAGUUUAAUAAAAGCUGGAUAGCUUGAAGCUUCCACUGGGCUUUUCACACCCUGUAAAAAGUGGCUUGCAGGCUGGAGUAUAUGAAGCAGCAAGUGGCUAGAUGGAGCAUGGCUUUACCAGCCUUUGAUUGAUGGAGGCCCAGGGCUGAAUGGCAGGCUGGGGGGUGCAUUGACUAGGACUGUGCUAUCUUGCAUUAGAGUGAGUGGGUAAAAGCUCAUGGAGCCAUUGACACUGGAAAUGCUCCCAAAUUAAUUGAGGUUUGGAUGAGUGAUGUUCCACUGUGAUAAAAAAAAAAAACCUUCUCAACCAGCUCUCCCCUUACAUGAAAGAGAAUCUUGACCUUAGCACACAAUAGAUUUCAGCAAGAAGAACAGAAGAUGGCUGUUCAUUGCACGUGUAUAUUAGAAUGACUUUGAGUUGUAGAAAUGAACUGGUCACCGUGAAUCUGGAGUGCCACACUAUACAAAUGAUUUGUACCAUCACAUUGUUGUCACUGCCAUCUUUAGAUAGACCUUUUAUUUGAUAUUAUCAAUUUUGAAAUGCUCACAGUUUGUUAAGUAUCACUAUUCAGGGAUUCCUGGUAAACUGCAAGCUGCAUGCUUUCAUAGUUUACCCUUGUGUGCACUCAAGGGCAGUGUCAGCAGCAGGUUUCUGAAGUAGCUGGGAUGCUCCCACUGAUAUGCUGCUAAGAAUCUUCAAGCUCUGCUGCAGCUCAGAGAGGAGGCAAGCCAAAAGGAUUUGCAGAAGGUGUUUUGUUAUACUGUAAUUCAAAGUAAUUAGGGACCACUUUCCACACCUGAAACUCCAAACGGGCACCAAGCCCUUUUAAUUGACUUGUGUACUGGCUUAUUUUUAAUCAAAUGCAACACCUAUUAGCUUAGUUGGCCUAAUUAUGGCUAGGACACUGCAUUAUACACUUUAACAAGCACCUUAGGGUAGUGGCAAUGAAUAGGAUGUAUCUGUACAUUACUUGUACAUAUGAAUUAGAACUUUAUUUUAAAUAUUUAUUAAAGUUCAAGUGUCUGUGGUAUUUUGCAAAA